CUGUUGGGGUGGUCUGGGAGGUCUGGUUGUAGAUUGCUGUUAUGCCUGGGAAUAGUUACAAUGGCAGUUCAUCGGUUCCAACAAGUCGAAUAGAGAGGCUCUUGAGAGAAAGAGAGCUAAGAAAGAACAGCAAAUCGUCCUAUUCUAAUGAGGCAAAUGGCAAUGAAGCAGUUGAUCUUGAAUCACGCUUAAGGGAAGGUGAUAACUUUGUGGAACAAUAUCUAGAAGGAGCCUCGGCUGCACGUGAGGGAUGGGAAAAACCUGAUGGAGGGCUGUUUACACAACGGCUUUUGGUCGUUGCUAAUAGACUACCAGUCUCGGCUGUUAGAAGAGGAGAAGAGAGUUGGUCACUAGAGGUUAGCGGUGGCGGACUUGUUAGUGCUCUUUUGGGCGUGAAGGAGGUUGAGGCGAAAUGGAUUGGAUGGGCAGGUGUAAAUGUGCCGGAUGAGCCUGGACAGAGGGCACUAACUAAAGCACUGGCUGAGAAGAGGUGCAUACCAGUCUUUCUUGAUGAAGAAAUCGUCCAUCAAUAUUAUAAUGGCUAUUGCAACAACAUAUUAUGGCCUCUUUUCCAUUAUCUUGGUCUUCCCCAAGAAGACCGUCUGGCCACAACCAGAAGUUUCCAGUCCCAAUUCGCCGCCUACAAGAAAGCUAAUCAAAUGUUCGCUGAUGUGGUGAACGAGCAUUAUGAAGAAGGUGACGUUGUUUGGUGCCAUGACUACCAUCUUAUGUUCCUUCCGAAGUGUCUGAAAGAUCACAACAGCAACAUGAAAGUUGGCUGGUUCCUUCAUACGCCCUUCCCAUCUUCUGAAAUUCACAGGACAUUACCUUCUCGCUCUGAGCUUCUACGUGCAGUUCUUGCUGCUGAUUUGGUCGGUUUCCAUACCUAUGAUUAUGCAAGACAUUUUGUGAGUGCGUGUACCCGUAUCCUAGGACUUGAGGGUACACCUGAAGGAGUAGAGGAUCAAGGGAGGCUUACUAGAGUUGCUGCAUUUCCAAUAGGUAUAGAUUCAGACCGUUUCAUCCAUGCUCUCGAGGCUCCUCAAGUCCAAGAGCACAUCAGAGAAUUGAAGGAGAGGUUUUCUGGGAGAAAGGUGAUGUUAGGUGUCGAUCGCCUAGAUAUGAUCAAAGGCAUUCCCCAGAAGAUACUGGCAUUCGAGAAGUUUCUUGAAGAAAAUCAAUAUUGGCACGAUAAAGUGGUUUUGCUACAGAUUGCAGUACCAACAAGAACUGAUGUUCCUGAAUAUCAAAAACUCACAAGUCAGGUUCAUGAAAUUGUGGGACGGAUAAAUGGUAGAUUUGGCACAUUGACAACUGUUCCAAUUCACCAUCUGGACCGAUCUCUUGAUUUUCAAGCUUUAUGUGCACUCUAUGCUGUCACUGAUAUAGCACUUGUCACAUCUUUGCGAGACGGAAUGAAUCUUGUCAGUUAUGAGUUUGUUGCAUGCCAAGAUGCUAAAAGAGGAGUACUCAUUUUAAGUGAAUUUGCUGGUGCUGCACAGUCCUUGGGUGCUGGAGCCAUUCUCGUUAAUCCAUGGAACAUAACCGAAGUUGCAGCUUCCAUAGGCCAAGCUUUGAAUAUGUCAGCCGAAGAAAGAGAAAAGCGGCAUCUGCAUAACUUCUUGCACGUCACAACCCACACGGCUCAAGAAUGGGCAGAAACUUUUGUAAGUGAACUGAACGAUACUGUGGUUGAAGCAGAGCAAAGGAUUAGACAAGUUCCACCACCGCUUCCGGUUGAAGAAGCUAUUGAGCGCUAUCUGCAGUCAAGUAACCGACUGCUUAUACUGGGAUUCAAUGUGACUUUAACUGAACCAGUUGAUACGCCUGAUAGACGUGGAGGCGAUCAAAUAAGGGAAAUGGAUCUUAAAUUACACCCCGAGUUGAAAGAACCUCUGACGAGGCUUUGCAAUGAUCCGAAAACGACCAUUGUUGUUCUCAGUGGAAGUGACAGAGCGGUAUUGGAUGAGAACUUUGGUGAGUACAACAUGUGGUUAGCAGCCGAGAAUGGAAUGUUUUUGCGUUCCACAAAAGGCGACUGGAUGACAACGAUGCCUGAACAUUCAAAUAUGGAAUGGGUGGAUAGCGUAAAGCAUGUUUUUGAGUAUUUCACUGAAAGAACACCUCGAUCUCAUUUCGAGCUUCGUGAGACAUCACUCGUAUGGAACUACAAGUAUGCAGACGUGGAAUUCGGGAGACUGCAAGCCAGAGACAUGUUGCAGCAUCUCUGGACAGGACCAAUAUCUAACGCGUCGGUGGAUGUUGUCCAAGGUAGCCGAUCGGUCGAGGUCCGAGCCGUCGGUGUUACGAAGGGUGUUACAAUUGUUCGUAUAUUAGGAGAGAUCGUUCAUAGCAAAUCCAUUUCUGCACCGAUCGAUUAUGUCCUAUGCGUUGGCCAUUCUCUAGGAAAGGAUGAAGACAUUUACACAUUUUUCGAGCCGGAGCUUCCCUCCGACGGCAUUGGCAUCCCGAGACCCAAGCUAAGUGAUGCUACAAAGCCGUCCGGAGAUAGGAGAUACGGAAAAAGUGGAUCAAAAUCAUCUCAAAAGCAGGCUCAGCAACGGCAUCCACAAAAUGCAGAAAAUAAGCGAAACUGUAACAAUAACAAUAACAGUAACGGUGUUUGUGGGAGACGAUCGUCACCAUCACCAUCCCCGGAUAAGAUAACGUGGAAUGUACUUGAUCUAAAAGGUGAUAAUUAUUUCUCGUGUGCGGUUGGACGAACACGUACAAAUGCACGAUACCUUCUCCCGACAUCGGAUGAUGUGGUCUCGUUUCUGAGAGAGCUUGCUCGAGCAUCGUGAAUAUGUAACAUGAAGUUCCCUAAUCGGGGAAUAGUGUUGUUAAUAAAUAGGGAUUGUGUAAUGAUAUCAUGAGUAGUAAUUACAGUUUAAUGCUGUUAUUGCAUAUCUUUUCUAAUA